AUGUCGUCUCGCGGUCGUGACAAGACCGGUGGUAACACCGAACCAAUGCCAUUCGUUCGUAAAUUUGGAGCCGCCGCAGCGGCGGCCGCAGCAUCGGGUGAAUCAACCGCAUCGUCGGGGGCAACUGAUAAUAAGUCGUCAGCCAUUGAAAGUGGUCAGUUUUCAGUAAAUCAUUUACAGAUUCAUGACGAUUGCGAAUGUGGAAGUCCACGGGGAUAUAUGUUUGUUUAUUUCAGUACUACCUGGGAGAAGUUAAGAGCGAAGUUACUUUCAUUGUAG